GGUAACAGCUAAGCUACACAACUUAUCAACUACCCACUCCUUCGUAAUAAAUGAAUGUUAAAUUUUGACAUAUAAAAAUAUAAAUUUAAUAUAAUUUUUUAUUUUUAUUUCUCAAAAAACAAACGUUGAUCUUUAGUACAUUUUUUAAAAUUAUUAAUUAUCAAAUCAUAAAAAUAAUUUUGAAAAAAAAUUUAAUAAUUUAUUUAUUUUAAAAUAUUAAUAAAGAGCUCAAUAAUUUACUUAUUCUAAAAUCGAAAGGAAAUGAGUACCAAACUCACCCCGCCCCCUUUUACCCCCCAACACAAACAAAGACUCUUUGUUUCUCCUAAAAGUAAAAAAAGCAAGCUUUUCCCCCCUCUUCUUGAUUCUUGAUUUGCAAAACAAGCCCCCCAAAAAAUGCAAAUGCAAUACAAGAAUUUAGGUAGAUCAGGUCUAAAAGUAUCACAACUAUCAUAUGGAGCAUGGGUAACAUUUGGAAAUCAACUAGAUGUGAAAGAAGCAAAGUCCCUUUUACAAUGUUGUAGAGACCAUGGUGUUAAUUUCUUUGACAAUGCUGAGGUUUAUGCUAAUGGUAGAGCAGAAGAAAUCAUGGGACAAGCAAUUAGGGAACUUGGUUGGAAAAGAUCAGAUAUUGUUGUUUCAACAAAGAUUUUCUGGGGUGGUUCUGGUCCCAAUGAUAAAGGGCUAUCAAGAAAACAUAUAAUUGAAGGAACAAAAGCAUCAUUGAAAAGACUUGAUAUGGAUUAUGUAGAUCUGAUUUAUUGUCAUAGGCCUGAUACAAGUACACCUAUUGAAGAAACUGUGAGGGCUAUGAACUAUGUUAUUGAUAAAGGUUGGGCUUUCUAUUGGGGUACUAGUGAAUGGUCAGCUCAACAGAUUACUGAAGCUUGGGGGGUUGCUCAAAGAUUGGAUCUUGUUGGUCCUAUUGUUGAGCAGCCUGAGUAUAACUUGUUGUCUAGGCACAAGGUCGAAUCUGAGUACCUCCCUCUGUAUAGCAACUAUGGAAUUGGUCUUACCACAUGGAGUCCUCUCGCUUCAGGUGUUCUGACCGGAAAAUAUAGUGCAGGGAACAUUCCAGCAGACAGCCGAUUUGCUCUGGAAAACUACAAGAAUCUCGCUAGCAGAUCUUUGGUGGAUGAUGUGUUGAGGAAGGUAAAUGGAUUGAAACCAAUUGCUGAAGAACUAGGUGUACCGCUGCCUCAACUGGCAAUUGCUUGGUGUGCUGCAAAUCCUAAUGUCUCAUCUGUUAUUACUGGUGCCACCAAAGAGUAUCAGAUUCAAGAAAACAUGAAAGCUAUCAAUGUCAUUCCAAUGUUAACACCUGCCGUGAUGGAGAAGAUUGAAGCUGUUGUUCAAAGCAAACCAAAGCGCCAGGAUUCAUAUAGGUAGACAAAUUUUCGAUCCCAUUGGUAGUUCCGAAGAGCACUGUUAUUCAGACUUGGAGGUUUUUCCUCAUUAUGUAUUUGCACUCCCUUUUCCUUGUUAUAUGUGAAGACAAGAGUUGGUGUUGUUUGUGAACCAAUCUUUACAUUGGUGACUUUUACCCGUGUGGUCCCUUCCUUUCGUGGACUCUGCACACACCGGGAGCUUUAGUGCACGUGGCUGCACUUUUUUACUUUUGUACUUCUCUUUAAGUGGAUAAUGAUAUUUUGGCUUUUGGAGCUACAAUAAAUGGUUUGAGUUUAACCUC